AUGGAGUGUUUGUACCACAUAGACGUGGACGACUUGCGCAAAGACAACUGCAACUUAAACGAAGAGGUGAACUCUCUCUCUGUCGACAUCGCGGAAAGAGAGAAAGAGAUCGCUAAGUUGAAAGAUGAGAAAAGAUUCAUGCGCAAAACCCUGCGCGAGAAAGACCACGAGCUCUUUGUGCGCGACAAGGAAAGUAAGCUGACAAGCAAGGUUCUGAACACAGAGGAAACCAAAGGCGUCAUGCUGGAAACCAAGCGCAAAAACGACAUUAGUACAAUCCAGAAUCUGCAAAGUGAGAAAAGCAAACUGGAGGAGCAGCUGAAGAAGACUAAAGCUGAGCUGCAGGCGACACGGCAGCAGUACAACGGCGCCAGCUACAAGAUCAGAAGUCUCAGACAUCAAGUCAAAUCGUGCGAACCGACGAUCGCAGAAGAGAAAGACCGCUUUGUGCUCUUGGAGAAGAAGUUAGGUGCGGUUAUGGGGAGUUUGAGCGGUUGUAAAGACGUACUGGAAGAGCCCAGACAGCUCAAGACCAAAGUGGAAGCCAUGAUCGCCCAGUUUCUCCACGGACACAACGCGCCACCGGAGAAAGAGACAGCAAUUCUGCAAGUUAUGCUGAAAAACAACAUUCUCCGCUCCCAGAGAACCAUGAACCAUUACCGCGCAGAGACCGAGAGAAACAACGCCAUCAUGAGUAAUAGACUGGCCAUGGUGGAAAAGUCCAGGGAUCAACUGGUUCCCAUCGUGAACGCGCAGAGGAUGGAGAUUCUAAAGACCAAGAAGAAGGAGCCCAAACCAGUCAAGACCCCAGUGACCAAGAAAGUCACCAAAAAGAAGCGAUCUUAA